CUCAUUGCCCAUCCACUCUGACCACAGCCAGGGGCCACAUCCCACUGCCUGCCCAGCGUCCAUCCAUGGAGGUGACCACCGUGUCCCCAUCUCCUGCCUCACCCACUGAAGGAGAUGAUCUGUGUGAGACAGAUGUCACCAGAGUGGCCAUACACAGUGUGACACUGCUCAUCUGCCUCUGUGGGCUGGCUGGGAACGGGGCUGUCAUCGGCCUCCUCAGCCUGCAAAGCCAUAACUCUGGCAUCUUUGACUUGGCUGUCACUGAUUUCCUCUUCCUUCUCUUCACAGUCCUCUCUGCCCUUCUCUUCCUCGUGGAGGAUGUGUCCUGCUCUCAUAUUAUGCCCCUGCUGUACCUGAGUUUCCUUUUCCGGAUGUCAGUGGUCUCCUACUACUGGGGGCUGUUUCAGCUGAUACGCAGUAUCACUGUGCUUUAUGUGCGCAACCUCUUCCAGCGCUGCUGCCCCUAUGACCUUCCCGAGUGCAUGUGGUUGGUGGUCGGAAGUGUCCAAUCUUGUGCCUUCUUUGCUCUCUUUGCUGUCAUUCCUGCAGUGACUUUCCUGUGCCCGUCACACGAGGAGAAGUACUGUCGUGCGCCUCUCAUCUCCAUAUACACCCUCAUCCUGCUCUUCUUUGUUGCACCCAUGCUCGUUUCCAGCACAAUGGAUUCCCUUAAGGCCAAGUGGGACUCCCAGCAGCAGCAACACAAGAGGCGCGACACCGUUAUCGUCAUCACUGUGCUCCUCACUCUCCUCCUCAGCGUCUGCCAUUUUAUGCAGCAGCUCGGUUACAUCGAUGUGUCCUCACAGGUGGUUUUCCUGCUCACCUGCAUCAACAGCAGCAUCAAACCCUUCAUCUACUUCUUGGCAGGGUGGUGCACAAGACCCUGCUCCAUGGCGAGCUGCUGGAGGCUCUGUAGAGUGCGAUCUCUCAGGGAUUCCCUCCAGAGGGUCUUUGAGGAGCAGAAACAAAAAACUGACCACAGCGAUGAUGCCUCAGGGACACGGGGAUGUGAGCCUGCUGAUCCCUUCCACUGCUCUGCUGAAGGACCUCGGCCAGAGGCUGAGGGUUUCCUUGAGUCUUCUCAUUAAUAAAUAUCCAUGGGAUCACCUUCCCCAUGGUGGUGUAUUCAUGCAGGAGAAGGGAGCAGGGGCAUUGCCUUGGGUGAUUUUUUGGGAUGCUCUGCAGGGAGCACAUUGCAGCAUGGCUUUCCUCCUCCCUCCUGGAUCCACAUGGCUCCAAGCAGUGCAGCUGGGCUCAGUGCUGUUCCCCAGCUCUAUUCCCCAUGCAAUGACCCUCAUGGCCUCAGCCCCAGGGAAUGAACUCCAUCUCCUUUGGCUCAGCAGAUGAGUUCCAUGGUGUUUCCAGGGAGCUCUUUCCUGCAAAGAAUGGGACACCUUCAUCCCUGGGGACAAACCCAGCACAGCGUGGCAGUGAUUUCCCAAAUCCCUGCAGGGCUGGUGCCUCUGGAUGGCAGGAGAGGGCUUGGGAUCACAGGGAGCAUCCUUCCCCUUCUGUCCAGCAGAGCCAGCCCUGCAUUCCCAGCUGAUGGGAAGGGACACCAGGUAGGGCUGUAGAGCUGGGGAGGGACAGCAACAUUCCCUAAUCCUUUCAGUGGGAAUGUCUCACAUUCUUGAAUUCCACAAUUAAAUCCUUCUGAAUAUCAAAGUGCUGGAUGAAAGGUGAACUCCACUGAAGCCUGGAACAGGUGGACAAAAAGAGCUUUAAACAUGGAAAUUCCCAUCACCAGAUGCUUGGACCAUUUAAUUGCACAGAAAUUAGGGGGUUAUGCUGCUCUUCUGCAGAAUGGGGCCAUCCAUCCUCUGGUUCCCCAGCAUCAAUGUCUAAGGAAGCCCUUGAGCACCUCCAUCCUGAACCUGGCCACCCUCAGGAGGAGCUGCACAGCCACUCUGCACAGCAGCUCCAGCCACAGUCCAGCCUCUCCUGAUCUUUGUUUCCAGAGCGGUAAUUCCUGGCCCAGAAUUAGUGGAAUAAAUAACAUCCAGGCUUCACUGCAGGGCCUGCUUUGGUAAAACACUGUCCAAAAUGGUUCAUUUCCUUCUUUUAUCCCAUUCUAAAGCCUCUGGCUGGUCUGGGAGCAGGGCAGGUCCCUGUCUCAUACCAGAGCCCUUCCUAAGGCACAUGCCUGCAAUGGUUGGGAUGAUGUUGGCAGUGCCAAGAGCUCCUGAUUCCUGCUGGGAGAGACCUGGGCAGCAGCCACAUCUCUUGCUCAGGGGGAAGUUGUCCCUCCUUUUCCCACUGCCUUAAAUCCAGGGGAAACCAACAUGCCACUGCUUCUGGGAAGGGAAGUGAGAAUGAAAGUCAUGUGUGCAGUCAGGAUUUGUAGACACACAUGAGGUUAAACACCUAAGGAGCAUUUGUUAACAGAGUUGGUAAAAAUUAACAGAAGAGACUUUGACUUUUGAUAUGGUUUUUCUCUCCCUGACUCCCAUCUCCUGUCCAUUGGAAACAGAAAACUUUCCAUGGUGGAACCCCUUGUUCAGGGAAAAACAACUCAGCCUGGGCGUCCCUCCCAAGGCAAGUGCAGAAGGUCCAUUAUCCUUCCAUGAAGUUUUUCUGCUUCCCAACAUGUUCCUUGUCUCCACUGUCACCCAGGCCACUCCCUACUCGAGCUUCCUUUCAAAAGAGCAAGACUUCAAAGCAAAAGUUUUCCUAGCUGUCCCUGCCCAUGGAAGAAGGAGAGAUGGAAUGAGAUGAUCUCUACCGUUGGUUCCAACCUCUCCUGCGUGACUUUAUGAGCUGAAUUUUAUCCCCAUUCAUCUGUUUCACCCAGAAAUAGGUUUUGCACAUUUCAGACUGGUUCUUGAGCAAAGAGGGGCAGAGCAGAUGCAGCAGUUUGUUUCCAGAAGCUGCGCUCACUCCUCCCCAUUCCUGCUCCCAGACCAUGCUGUCUGCAGCACAGACAUGCAACACAGAAAUCUCCUUUGCUUUUAGGCUUUUUCAGCUGGCUGAGGCCGAGAAGUUCCCUGGACUGUGGCUUUCCUUUUGCUUGGAACUGUUCAAACCUGCUCUGGACUGAAAACCCAGAAGGGCACUGGGAGCUCACACCUGUGGCCCACUGGGGCCUGGGACGCGGCAUUUUCCAGCACCAGAGGGACUGAUAAGGGACUGAGUGAGCCAAACUACACUCCACAACAAGGACUGAAUUUUGCCAACUCUUCAGAACAGCAAGAGAUUUUAUUGUUUCAUAUUGUUUUCAUUUCUUAUGCUGG